UCCCUACUUACAGAAUGCAGCGUGUGACUCCCCUGGGGAUUCUGUCUCUUGUUCUGAACAUCAUGUGUGGAGCUUUGAAUCUCAUUCGAGGAGUUCACCUAGCAGAGUAUUCAUUUCAGGAGGACCAUGAAGGAAUUGGAAAUGUGAUAGCUUUUUUUCUACCUUUUCUAGCCUGUGUUUUUCAGUGUUACUUGUACCUCUUCUACAGCUCGGCAAGGAAGGUGAAGACGUUUGUACUCUUUUUCUCCGUUUGUUUAUGCAACAUUUACUUGUACGGAUUACGGAACCUCUGGCAAAUAGCCUUUCACAUAGGAGUGGCAUCUCUUUCUUCUUAUCAGAUACUGACAAGGCAACUUAUGGAGAAACAGCCUGACUGCGGAGUAUGAAAAAGGCUUUGGAUUUGCUACUCUAUUUUUACAACUCUUUUUGUAUUAAACUGGCCAAAAAUAGCUUGGAGUAUUUUUAAAGAUUUGUGACAAUGGUUAUUCCAAGGAGGAUAUUUCAAAGCAGCUUGAAAUAAAGUAGGGUACUGUAAUCACGUCAAACAUACAGUGAGGAACGUAGCUGUAUUUAACGUGGCAUGUGGUAACUGUGCAUGGUAGAUUUUGUCAGGUGUCAUCAACAGAUGGAGGGUCUCCUUACCAUAAACAGGCUUUUACUCCUUGGCUAACACCAUCUAGACAGCAUUUUGCCAUUUGUCUUACUGGCUCUGUAACAGUUUGGCAGGUCAAUGUCUUGCCCUGCCAAUGCUUCCGAAAACAUUAA